AUGCGACGUGUAGGUUAUUGGAUUAGCGAAAAGAAGAGAAAGAAGCUUGAUUUCGAUGAGCAUCGAGAGCUGUUCAGAAAUGCUGGCAUUGAGCUUAUUCAGAUUGAUCUCAAGAAAUCCUUGGAAAACCAGGGUCCUUUUGAUUUGCUAGUACAUAAAGUCACGGAUAUCCUGGCCAGGGCGGUCAGUGGCCACAAGUCUUCCCAAAAUGCGAUCCAAAACUUAGAGAAUUACAUCCGCAGUCAUUCAGAAUGUGUUGUCUUGGAUCCAUUGCCCAGCAUCCGGUGUGUCCUGGAUAGAUACACACAGUACCAGCGUGUGUCAACAUGCCAUGCUAUGAGAGAUAACCGUUGUAUGAUUCCUGCAUUUGUUCAACUGGACUCGACCAAUAUUGAUGACAAUAAGGAAAGGUUAGCCAGAGCUGGGGUCUCAUUUCCUCUAGUAUGCAAACCAAUACUGGCUCAUGGAUCUUCUUAUGCCCAUCAG